AUGUGGUCGACUGCUGGUGGCGUCACGUAUACCAAGGUGUGGCAGAAGGCUGUGCUGGACGCACGCCAGAAGGAGAUCGCAGCGCGCAGCCUGGGCCUGUGUGGUCGCCCGACCACUGCAGCGGCUCGUCGCGCCAGCUUCCGCAGCACCGGCCACCAGGGGCGCGUCCUCGACGCCGACGCCGCUGGAGACGCCGAGGCGCCGCCCUGCACGCCGCCCAAGACGCCGCAGGCUCCGCCUCAGCAGCAGCCGCAGCCCCAGCUGCAGCCGCCGCCGCCUAAGCCCAAGCCACAGCUGCAGACACAGGGGCAGCCCAAGCUGCAGGCACAGGCCUCUCAAAAGCCACUGCCGGUGCCGACGCCGCCCCCACAGCAGCGGCCGCCGCCCAAGCAGGCCCUGGCGCGCUCGCUGUCCGCCCCCUCCAACAGAGCGCAGCUGCAGCCUCGGCCUCCGCCUGCCCAGCCGCCAGCGCCAACCCACACGGCUCAACCGCCCCCACCGCCGCAGCCGAGGGGCAUACUUGUCAGGAGGCCGCCCCACCACGGCAGCAGCGUCGAUGUCAGCUCCAAGACGGCGGAAGAGAUGGCCCAGGGCACGGCUCGCGUCCGCUUCGAGCGCAGCGUCAAGUCCGCCCCCGCGCGCCGCCGCCUCCGCACGGCCAAGCUGCGGCUGGCGCGCCCCCGCGGAGACGAAGACUCCUCCGACGAGGUGGCCGACGGCGUCGGCGACGCCGAAAACCGCUCGCAGCUCGCCCCGCCGUCUGCGGCGGAGCCGGCGGCGCGGGAGGCGGCCACGGACGCCAAGAAGGCGGGGGGCGGGCGCCGCGGCGGUGCCAGGGGCAGCGUCGACGUCGUCACCAUGGUGUCGCUGCUCAGCCCCGAGCACAGCGACGCCGACGACAGCGACGGGCCCGCCGCCGCGGCUGCCUUCCUGGCCGCCACGCCCCGCGGCUGGCUGGAGCACGCCGCCGCCGCCGCCGCCGUCGCCACCGCCGCCGCUGCCACGCCCGCGAUUGGCGACGCCGCCCCCGCACAGUCCGCGUCCCAGGCAGACGUCGGAGCGUCGUCUACCGCCUCUUCGGCUGGCGCGUCCCUGCAGCCGACGCGCGUCGUCUGCCUUCGAAAGUCUCCCAAAGCGGGUCUGGUGUAA